UUGAAACGUAAAAUUGAAACAAAAAGAGACGCAACAACACAGAGAGUGUAAGUGUUGGAAGUGAUUUUGAUUAUUGGAGGCAACACGGCAGCAACGGAAUGGGGAAAGAGGUUCAGAGAGUUCUCGAGUUCUACAGCGGAAUCGGCGGCAUGAGAUACUCGCUGAUGAAGGCCCAAGUUAACGCGCAAGUCAUCGAAGCAUUUGAAAUCAAUAACAUAGCAAAUGAUGUUUAUCAACAUAACUUUUCUCAUCGUCCUUAUCAGGGAAAUAUUCAAUGCCUAACUGCUGCUGAUCUAGACAAAUAUGGUGCUGAUGCAUGGCUUCUUUCUCCUCCUUGCCAACCUUACACGCGACAAGGUCUCCAGAAGGACACUGGUGAUGCACGGGCUUUUUCUUUUCUUCAGAUUCUUGAGCUCAUCCCAUUCUUGUUGCAGCCUCCAAAUAUGUUAUUUGUUGAAAAUGUAGUUGGAUUCGAGACAUCUGAUACACAUGCAAAACUGAUUGAAAUACUGGAAAAAACAAAUUUUAUCACCCAAGAGUUCAUUCUGAGCCCUUUGCAGUUCGGAAUCCCAUAUUCUAGGCCUCGUUAUUUUUGUCUGGCCAAGAGAAAACCAUCAUCUUUUCUAAAUGAAUCUGUGAAUCACCAGCUGAUUCAAUCUCCAAGACCAUUAUUUGAGCAUUUUAAUACAGUUGCUAAGGAAGAUGAUUUAUCACUAGAGGACAGGCAAAACUUGCUGCAGUCAUGUCAACCUAUUGAGAAAUUUCUCGUAUUAAAGAAUUCCAGCAACGAUACAAAUGUUGAAUCUGCAGCUUCAACGACUGGUCUAUCUAAUGAUUCUAAUGACACUUCUAGAACUUCAGGGAAUGAUAGCAAUCAUGAAUAUGACUCUUUAGACAAGUAUUACGUCCAACCAAGCUUGUUAGAGCGGUGGGGAAGUGCUUUGGAUGUUGUUUAUCCGGAUUCAAAGCGCUGCUGCUGUUUUACGAAAAGUUAUUACAGAUAUGUGAAGGGAACUGGCUCUCUUUUGGCUACUGUUCAGCCAAUGAAGAGGGACAAAACAUCACUCAAGGAGCAGGGUCUUAGAUAUUUUACACCGAGAGAGGUUGCAAACCUGCAUUCUUUUCCCGAAGGUUUUGAGUUUCCAGAGCACAUUAGUCUCAAACAACGGUAUGCAUUGCUAGGGAACAGUUUAAGCAUAGCAGUUGUUGCUCCCUUACUUCAGUAUCUUUUCACCGAUGCUUAGUGAUUUUUCAUUUACAAAUAUUCAUUCAUUCAACAGAAGAAGAUGCUUUCUCUUGCUAUCAUGCAUCAAUAGUGAGAUCAUGUAACACUGCUGUGAGUUUGAAUAUUUUCACUGCUGAAUUCUGUGACCAUUCUUUUUAACAUUUAUUACUAUUAGGUGAGAGUGCGAAAAAUGUAAUUUGAAGUUUGUACCAUGUAUCUUGCAGAGUAAAGGAUAGGAUCUGGUUACAUAUUUGUAUUAAGAAUAAUGUAUUAAUGAGUACACUGUCAUGCUGAUAAUUUAUAAUGCACAAUUGAAAGUAAGCAAAACUAAGCUA